UGUCGGCAUAUCAGCACAGCAGUGAAAAUAUAGCUGCAUCGAUGAAAUUUCGGAAUAUUUAAGUUGUUCGGGGACAGACACUCCCAAUGGAUUUUGAAAAGAAAUUAAAUACCUGACCGACUAAAGUUAAAAAAAUCAAGUGCAACUUUUCAGACGAGAAUCUCCAGAUGAUGGCAAGACACAAAGAAAUCAUGUUUGUAACAUUUCUCAAAGGUUUCAAAAUGGAGUAGAUUUCAUUUGUUGUUGUUCAAAGAAGACAACGUGCGUGUUGUUGUUUAUAAAAACGGCUGACUCUAAGUUGAUUGUUUCUGUUUAUAAAUAAAUCAUUUGGUGAAGUAUUGUCACAAACUGACAAAACUGUUAUUGAUGGUUUUGCAGUAACACUUUUUGCUACUUGGAUGAUGGAUCUGCAUGACCUUUGUGUAUUUUCAUUCUUUCAUCAUUUUAAGGGAUGAAGAUCUGGAGAAGUGAAGCGGUCCACAGCUUCUCCUGCUCCAGCAGUAUUAUGCACUUGAAGUCUUCAUGCUGAUAAAAACCGUUCAUGCUGGAACGGUGGGCAGCACCGUGGCAGGCAUUUGGCUGCUGCUACUGGCGCUGGCGGGGCUGUGGGGGCCCGCUUCUGCAGGCAUCCUGCUGGCGCAGUACCCUGGCCCCGAUGAUCCAUCUGAACGCUUUUGGCACAUGGCCAUCGAUCAAAAAACUCAGAGAGUCUUCGUGGGCGGCACGAAUCGCAUUUUGCAGCUGGACGGAAACCUCCGCCUGGAGCAGGUGGUGACUACUGGCCCCAAAAACGAUAGUCCUUCGUGCCAUGCCAUCGGAUGUAAUGACCCUAGUAUUCCCCUUUCCCUAAUGGAUAAUUAUAACAAAAUAUUACUUGUUGAACCUGAAUCAAGGACUUUAAUAUCGUGUGGAUCCUUGUCCCAAGGAGCUUGCUCUAAGUAUAAAUUAAGCAACAUUAGUGCCGAAUCUCAGUUUAUUCCCAGAAGCAUUGCAGCAAAUGAUGCCAACGCAUCAACUUAUGCGUAUAUAGGGCCCAAAAAAUACAACCAUUGGGGUCGCUCAAAUAUCCUUUACGUAGGAACCACGUUUACGAACAAUGGUGAUUUCCGACAUGAUGUGCCGGCAAUAGCAAGUCGUGAUCUAGAAACCUUAGAAAUUGCAGAAUUAACUUUUAGCAAACAGUCUCUGUUAAGUAUUGACGUUAAAUAUAGAGAUCAUUUUAUUGUACAGUAUGUAUACGGAUUUAAUGCUAGUGAAUAUGCCUACUUUGUUAUUGUUCAAAAGCAGUCUCACCUACCUGGUCUAGAAGAGCAGGGUUAUGUUUCACGGCUUUCAAGAACUUGUAUAAACGACCCCAAUUAUGACAGUUACACGGAAGUUACUUUAUUAUGUGUAGACCAAGAUACGAAAUAUAAUCUAGUGCAAGAUGCGAAAAUCACCUUUGCCAAGGAAGAGUUAGCUUCAGCAUUGGGAAUAACAGUUGGCUCUCCAGUUUUGGUAGCUGUUUUUAGACCUUCUGUAGGAAUAACAAAUGAACCACAACACCACUCUGCCCUAUGUCUUUAUCCAUUGCGAGAUAUCGAAGGAAAAUUUAUCGAAAAUAUUCACAUGUGUUUUAAUGGCAGCGUUAAAGAUCGAAAUAUGGGUUAUGUUUCUGGACCUAUCUUAGAUGGCAAAUGUCCAAGCAGUGGCUCUGCGGGAAAUAUUCCUAAUUUUUGUGAAGUUGGACUGAAAAUUAGCGGAUUCACGCCUUUGGUAGCUACAGCUUCGCUUGUAUUUCCUAACAUCUCCCUAUCUGCAGUUACCACUGGUUCUACAGGAAAACAUGUUUUGGCAUUUCUCGGAACAACUGAUGGAAGGAUUAAGAAAGUGCUUUUAUCUGGACCAGAACCUCCAGAAUAUGAGGAGGUAUUUGUAGAUGAUGGUAAUCCUAUUUUACCAGAUACAACCUUAUCACCAACUGGAGAUUUUCUUUACGUCUUAUCAACAGCAAGGGUGUCGAAAAUAAAUGUAGAGCAUUGCAGCACUUACACCAAUUGUUCAUCGUGUUUAGAAUCGAAGGACCCCUAUUGUGGAUGGUGUUCCUUAGAAAAAAGAUGUACUGUUCGCAGCGCUUGUCAAAAAGCUUCCCAUAGUGCUCCUCGCUGGGUCUCCCUAGGAACCGGCCAACAAUGUAUUGAUUUUGAGCAAGUAUUCCCAGAAAGAAUACCUAUAAAUCAAAUGACAAAUGUUCGCCUUACUAUAAGAACUCUUCCUGCCCUUCCACCGGGUGCUAAGUACAAAUGCGUAUUUGGUAACGCAGAUCCUAUAGAUGCAGAAGUUACGGAAAACGGACUAUCCUGCUUCACUCCUGAAAUAUCCAGACGACCUAGAAUACCUUUGGAAAUGGAUCAUGUGUUAGUGCCAUUGAGUGUUCGGUCAUCAGAAACAAAUAAGGACUUUGUAUCCAGGAAUUUUGCUUACUACGAUUGUGGAAGGCAUACAACUUGUGGGGAAUGUGUAAAAUCAAAGUGGGCAUGUAAUUGGUGUGUUUAUGAAAAUAAGUGCACACAUAAUAUAUCUGUUUGUCAGAGAAGCAUCAUCAGUGGAGAAAAUAAUCCAAAGCAUUUGCCAAAGCAUGGAUUUGUUUUUUGUCCGCAAUUUAAACGAAAAAAUGAAGCAAUUUUAUUACCUAACAAUGUGUUAAAAAAGAUAGUAUUUGAAGUUAUUAAUCUUCCGAAUCCAACAUCAGUGCAUACAGGUUUCCAAUGUAAAAUAGUUAUUGAAGGUGCUACAAUGCUAGUCCCAGCAACAGUUGAGAGCAAACACAUUGUCUGCGACAAAACUACGUAUUCAUAUGAAGCAAACGAAGGAGAAUAUGAAGCAAGUGUGGAGGUUGUAUGGAACCGUGAUCAUCAUGUAGACUCCAUGAAUGUAACUCUAUACAAAUGUGAUAUUUUAGGCUCUUAUAGAGAGCAUGCUGAUUGUUCCCUUUGUGUCACCAGAAAUUCAAAUUAUAGCUGCACUUGGUGUGGUAACUCCUGUCAAUAUUCAGAGUCUUGUCAGCAUACUCCCCACAUUGAAUGCCCCCGACCUAGAAUUGAUAUGAUCAAACCACUAAGUGGUCCAAUUGAAGGUGGCACUCUAGUAACUAUAGAAGGUAGCAACCUUGGUCUUAAAAAAGAAGAUGUCCAAGGAAAAAUUAAAAUUGGUGCGAUUCCAUGUGUGCUAGUUAAUUACGAAGUUUCAGUUCGUAUUCAAUGUAUCACAGGUCCUUCUAGAAUUGAAAUAACUGCACCGAUUAGAGUUGGAAAUGAAGCUGGGUACACCAAGUCAUCUGUUGAGUUCAGUUAUAAAGAUAUAAGAUUAUCAGGAAUAUUUCCAUCAAUUGGACCACAGUCAGGAGGCACUCCACUGGCAAUUACUGGGCAGUAUUUAAAUGUAGGUUCUGAAAUAACUGCAUAUUUAGAUGACUAUGUUUGUCGAGUAAACAUAACGCAGGCAUCUAGUGGAAGACUAACAUGCAUAACACCUAGAGCUCACAGACCAACAAAUGUUGUCCGACUGACACUCAGUAUAGAUGGAGCUAAUAGGACUCUAGAAGGAAACCCUUUCAAUUAUACCCAAGAUCCGACCAUUAUGGAAAUUAAACCCCUUAACAGCUUUGUUUCUGGUGGUAAAAUGAUUUUUGUACACGGUACCAACUUGGAUAGUAUCCAGAAACCGGAAAUGGAAGUUUACUCUUUUGAUGAACCCAAUACUCCUAUCAAUCGAACCGUUUGUACAGUUUUAAGCAGUACCCAAAUGGAGUGUCCAAGCCCACCUGUUAAUCGCCAAUUUAGUAUUUUUAGUAGGAACAGCAGAAUAAAGAAUAAGGAUCCUAAAUUGAACCUGAGGAUAGGAUUUUUAAUGGAUAAUGUUCAAUCUGUACGAGACUUAGAGAAGCAUUUCGUAAAUUUAAGGUCACAGUUAUUAUAUGUUGAAGAUCCGAAUGUACGUCCAUUUCCCAAUCAAAUUAAGUUAUAUCAAGGUGACAGACUAGUCAUAGAGGGAGAAAAUUUAAAUGCAGCUAGUGAAGAGUCUGAUGUAGUUGUUACGAUUGGUACAAAGUCAUGUAAUGUCACUGGACUUGCAAUGAUCCAACUGGUAUGUGUGCCACCAGAGCACCAACCUCCGGGAACUGACGAAAAUGGCUUUAAGACUGAAAAUAACCUUCCAUUAGUAGUAGUUAGAGUAGGCAGGACCUUAAGGUUUCCAAUUGGAUAUCUGCAGUAUGAUAUAUUCAAAUCUUUCGCGUUUCCCUUAGAGGCUAUUAUUAUGAUAGCUGUUGGAACAAUACUAUUUGUUUUAUUCUUUGUUGCUGUAUUGUUCGUUUACCGAAGAAAAUCAACUCAAGCCGAAAGAGAAUACAAAAGAAUUCAGAUUCAGAUGGAUACACUGGAAAGCAAUGUUAGGUCUGAAUGUAAAUUAGCAUUUGCUGAACUUCAAACGGAUAUGACUGAUCUCACUGCCGAUUUAGAAAAUUCUGGUAUACCUACAUUAGAUCACACCAGCUAUAUCAUGAAGGUUUUUUUCCCUGGAGUCAGCGAUCAUCCCAUCCUAAAUGCACCAAAGGUGCGAUUAAAUGGUCCAAGAACAAAUUAUGAUACAGCUAUGUUACAAUUUGAGCAAUUGAUAAAUAAUAAACAUUUUAUACUCACCUUUAUAGAUAUAUUAGAGUCACAAAAGACUUUCAAUAUUAGAAAUAAAGUAAAUGUAGCGUCCUUACUAAUGGUAGUAUUAAUGGGUAAAAUGGAAUAUGCAACAGAUAUUUUAAAAAGUUUAUUGCUACGUUUAAUCGAUAAGUCUGUAAAUACGAAGCAUCCACAACUAAUGUUAAGGAGGACAGAGAGUGUUGUAGAAAAAAUGUUAACAAAUUGGAUGGCAUUGUGCAUGUAUCAUUACCUUAAGGAAUACGCCGGAUCUUCACUCUUCUUGUUAUUUAAAGCUAUCAAACAUCAGAUAGAGAAGGGUCUGGUGGAUGCCAUUACUCAUGAUGCUAGGUAUUCAUUGUCUGAAGAGAGGCUUUUGAGGGAAAAUGUGGACUAUAGUGUUGUGACAUUGCAUAUUGUCCAAGAUGAUCUUGACGAAAAAAUCCAAUGCAAAGUAUUAGACUGUGAUACUAUCAGUCAAGUGAAAUCCAAGAUAUUAGAUGCACUAUUUAAAAAUACUCCCUUCUCUCUAAGGCCUUCUAUAUACGAAGUAGAUUUGGAAUGGAGGCAUGGGAGAGGAGGACAUCUUACUCUACAAGAUGAAGACCUUACAACUAAAACGAUAUGUGGUUGGAAAAAAUUGAAUACUUUGGCACAUUACGGUGUCAAAGAAAGUGCAGUUAUGUCAUUAAUUUCCAGACAGAAUGAUAGUUUUAAUAAUUGUAAACAACCCUGUCAUAACUGUGUUACUGGAAUGUAUCUUAAUAACUCCCAGUCCCCCAUUAUAACUACGAAUGGUGAUAUUGAAGGAGGCAACAACCCGAGAAUAUACCAUUUAGUAAAACCCAUAGAUGAUCACCAGUUCCCCAACAACAAAAUGGGAGAAAGAACCCACAAAGCCAUUCCCGAAAUAUUCUUAACAAGACUGUUAUCUACUAAGGGUACUAUACAAAAAUUUGUCGACGACUUUUUCAUGACAAUUCUGACUGUAAAUGAAGCUUUACCUCCGGCUGUUAAAUGGUUGUUUGACUUACUAGACGAGGCAGCUAGAAAACACGGCAUUCAAGAUCCUGAAGUUGUUCAUGCUUGGAAAUCUAACAGUCUUCCGUUGAGAUUUUGGGUCAACUUCAUAAAAAAUCCAGAUUUCAUAUUUGAUAUUAACAAAACCUCAACUUUGGAUUCUUGUUUAUCCGUCAUUGCUCAGACCUUUAUGGAUUCUUGCUCUACAACUGAACACAGGCUGGGGAAGGAUUCACCAUCAAAUAAAUUAUUAUUUGCCAAGGAUAUACCCAGAUAUCGAGAAAUGGUGUCUCAGUUUUAUAGUGAUGUUGCUAUGUUGCCAAUUAUAACAGACCAGGAGAUGGGAUCUGCAAUGCAGCAACUUUCUUCGCAACAAGCUGAAGAAUUCGACACUGUGGCAGCUUUAAAAGAACUUUACAUAUAUGUUACUAAAUAUAGAGAGCCAAUUCUUGAGGGGCUCAGUACAGAUCUGAAUUGUCGACGUUUACAUCUGGCACAGAAAUUGGAAAGUGUCGCUUAUACAUUAGGAGGGGAUGAGAACUCAACAUGCUGACCUCAAAGGUCACCUGAUCCUCUGUUGCCAAGAACCUUGGCGCCCUGAUUCCAAGCGUAAGUUCACACACAUGCUUUUCACUAGAAGAAGAAUAGACCAAUGUGAGAGCAAAUAAUAUUAGUUCUGGAAAUAAAUAUUUAACUGGAACAUAGAAAUCAAAAUUCAACAGAUUUUAAUCGUAAUAGGAUUUUUACUUUCAAUUUUUUAGCCGUUUAAAUGUUAUUGUCAAAAAUGAUUCACUCUGAUGAAAUUGGCUUUAAAACCAAAAGUAUACCUUCACAUUUUGCCAUAUACAUCCUUCCAUUAUCUGCAUAUUCCGUCUUCCUUCCUUAUCUGAAAUUAUUUUUAAACAUCUUCAAUGUACACUAUACUUUAAAUCCUUACACGGUUCUUAACUGCUUUAGAAAUCAUUCAUCUGAUUGCUUUAGCUUCAGAGUUCCUAGUUUGCUCUCCAAAAAGUUUCCUUGGUCUGCAAUUUAAUGUCAAUUUUAGAAGGUUUGUGCUGCCGUCUUAUUGUAAAUGUAAAUGUUAGCCAUACUUAUUUUUUAAAUAUUUUUAUAAGACUUCAAAUUAUUUUUUAAACUUUUGGAGAAUUUUCAAUGCUUAAGAGUUCCUAUUUGUUAAGCCAAGUUACUUUAUGUACCUAAAUAAUAUAAAUAAUAUUUAUAAAGCAGCCUAUUUUCCCUUAAACUAAAAUUAAACGACAGGGCAUUCAUUUGUCUGAGCUGAAUAGUCUUAUGAUAUGUUUAGAUGCACUUUUUUUAAUUGAGAGUUUGAUUUCUAUCAAUAAACAUCAUGUUAGCGACGACAUUGGCGAUACAAAAGUCACAGGGCAUUCAUUAAUAGACGAGAUAGCAUUGUACAUAUUUUAUUUACAAACAGUAAAAUAGUGUUGUGAGUACCACGGCAGUGAUUACUCUGGAGAACUCAUAAUAAAAUAGAAAAGAUGUACCCAAUGUUAAGUAAAUAUCUUAAAGACUAUAACGUUGGUCAAAAUUGCACCAGUUAAAACAACUAUCAUAAAAAAUAAGUCCAUGUCAAAUGUCUGGAGUUGAUUUGUUUUUCUACUUUAGUCAAAAAGUAUUUUAUUAGAAAAAAAGAACAUAGAAGAUGAUGAGCCUCAUACAUCUAAGAGUACAGAAUCACACAAACUUUUGGCAGCGUUUAAUAAAAAUUUAUUUGAAGAACAAAUUGAUUCUAAUAAUAAAAUAAAUAAAAAGUAUUUUAAAAGUAAAAGAAGGUUUUGCUUGUUUUCAAUUCAGAGGGAUGCACAAUCGCUGGGCAGCUGUUUCCAUUAUUUCAGGCUUUAUCAACAGCGCUAGCGUGCACAAACGGAAUGUGAUUGCAUAUAGUGGAUUCCUUUUUGUUUUCUAUAUUCGUCGUCUGCUCUCUUAUAAAUUGUAAAAGUAGCAGAUUAAGGAUGUACCAGAAAGAACUUUCAACACGAAAAGUUUCAGAUUUAAAUACCUAUUUACCAUUUUAGUUUUAUAUAGUCGUGAAUUCUGCAUCUGAGACUUUUCAAUUUGUUUAAGAGAUGUCGCUGGAUCGCGUCCCAAUGGGAAUUUCAAUGAUCUUUGAAAUUCCCCUUAAAUAGACGGUCGAGCUGUUUUUCGAUUUAGAGGUGUGCACGCUAGCGCUGUUGAUAAAGCCUGAAAUGGUGGAAACAGCUGUUCAGCGAUUGUACAUCCCUCUGAAUCGAAAACAAGCAAAACCAUUUUACUUUUCUAUCUUUACUCAGAUUUGAGUACUAGGAAGUUUCUUUCUGUCCUUUUCGUAGACGAAUGAAAACGGAAUAUGAUUGCAUAUAGUGGAGUCCUUCUUGUUUUCUAUAUUCGUCGUCUGCGGUCUUAUAAAGUGUAAAAGUCGCAGAUUAAGGAUGUACCAGAAAGAACUUUCAACACGAAAAGUUUCAUAUUUAAAUAACUAUUUACCAUUUUAAUUUUAUUAUAGUGGUGAAUUCUGCAUCUGAGACUUUUCAAUUUGUUGAAAAAGUAUUUUAUUUAUUAUAAAAAAAGAAUAUGGACGAUGAUGGAGUUUGAAUGAUACAUCUAAGAUUACAGAAUCAUACAAAGUUUUGGAAGCUUUUAAUAGAAAUUUAAUUGAACAACAAAUUGAUUAUAAUACAAAUAAAAUAAAUAAAAAAGAAUGUGUGUGUACUUUGUACGCACGUAAGAAGUUAUACUUCUAUUAUAAUAUAAUCUAUCUUCAUAUUAUGAUUUCAACGAAAUCAAUAUACCUAUCUACUUUAAACAGUUUUUUUGUAUUGUAUUUAAAUAUUAAACUAAUUUUAGAAAGAACAAAAAGAAUACCAAAAAUAAAAAAAAGGAUAAUAUGACUUUGUCCGGAUUCGAACAGGGGACCUCUCGAUCCCUAGACGAAUGCUCUACCGAUCAGCUACCACCGCUUUUGUAUUCAGUCGAUCAUUUCUAGGACAUAAUUACAAUCACGGUGACAGAUACAUUAAUUGAAAAUGAACAUUUUCAAUAAUACUUAUUAGGAGGAAGACAAAUCCAUAGACGUAAAAAUUAUAAUAAAUAUAUUUACUAAAAACACUAAUAAUCUUAUAUUCUUUUCACGCACACCUUAUUUGCGCUACAUAACUUAAAAGAUGUAGCGACUAAUACCAUACUCUCGGUGUGCGCAUGCGCCAGGGAAUGUAAAAAUUCACCCUCGUGCCUAAAGAAGUAUAACUUCAAAAAGUAUUUUAUUUAUUAUAAAAGAAGAACAUGGAAGAUGAUGGAGUUUGAAUGAUACAUCUAAGAUUACAGAAUCAUACAAAGUUUUGGAAGCUUUUAUAGAAAUUGAUAUAGAAUUGAACAACAAAUUGAUUAUAAUAAUAAAAUACAUAAAAAGUAUUUUAUUUAUUAGAAAAAAAAACAUAUUACAUGAUGGAGUUUGAACUUUGGGAAUUUUUCCCUGUUUUAUUACACAAGCAAAGGAUUUCUGUCUCAAUUUGACUUAAUACUGACUGAUGUUCUGGGGACACAUUAUUUGAGUGAUAUAGAUAUUAUUUCACUAAUUUCACUACCUAAAAAAUUAUCAAAUUUAUUAUUUAUUGUCAAAAAUUGAAAUGCAUUCAAAACCAUUACAAAUCAAAGGAUUUCUGUCUUAAUUUGACUUGAUACUGUUCUGGGGACACAUUAUUUGUGUAAUAUAACACUAAUUAAAAAAUUAUCAAAUUUAUGAUGCUAAGUCACAAUGAUAGGAUACCAAAAAUAUGCAAAAUGGUGACCUUUAAGAUCAUUGGUUUCAACAUAAAAUUCAAGAGUGUCACAUGCAAUAUGUGGUAUUCAUACACCCAUUUAUAAUAAAUAUUUUCGUUUUUGUUGGAUAUAAAGAUAACAUUUUCUGUACAUAUGCAUCUCAGAUUCAUUAUAGUAUUCAUAUUUAAUUUAACCCUGUCCAUCGUCGUCAGUGUUGUUAAUUUAUUAUACUACUAGUUAAUUUUAUUCUUUAAAAGACUUCGUUCAGUUUGCGUUUAUAACAGGUUUGUUCCAACCCGUCACAAAAACGGUUAAAACGGUUACGAGUAUGCGCAGUAACGAAAAAUGUGUUACUGCGCAUAAGUACUCGUUAUUGCGCAUAAGUACACGUUAUUGCGCAUGCGCGUAACGAUUCAAGAACGGUUUUGUAUCGAGUUGGAACAAACCUUAAAUCUUACUCCUACAGUAUUACUGAAAUAAAAACUGCUUUGUAUUUUAUAGAAGUAAUAAUGGGUAUUUUUUUAGAGGUAUAGAACUUUGAAAUGGAAUAAAAUAAAUAUGGUUUUUUUUAAAUUAACUCAAAAUUGACUUUAUUCGAAAGAUAAUCUGUUGGCAUUAUAAUUUAACUAUAUCGGCGUAGACGUAACAACUUCACAAAACUCCAGAGAAAAUAGUCUAGCGAUGUUAAAUCGCACGGUCUUAGAGACUAAUUCACGAGUCUGAAACGUGAAACUAUGCGGUUACUAGAUGUUUCUUUCAGUAAAUCAAUUGUGGCACGAGCUGUGUGACAGGUUGCGCCAUUUUUUAACUACAGCUUCCGCGCAUCAUGGUUGUUGAAUUGAGAAACAAAAAAGUCAGUAACUAGACUCUAUUGCGUUCACUGUUUACUGUAACGUUCUAGCCAACAUCGUUUUUGAACAAGCGCAGACCAAUGGUUCCAGUCCAUAAAGCACAUCAGGCAAUAGCCAUUCAACCAAAAGUGAGCUUCAUCACUAAACAAAAUUCGUUUAUGAAAAUCAGGAUCAAUGGCAAUCUCGUUUUGGGCCCAUUCACUGAAUCUACGUGCUAGGUGAUCGUGUAACUUCAAUUCUUAGACGAGUUGGAUUUCUUAAGCAAUCAAACCGAAAUCUUUCCCAAAAUCUUCCAUAAAGUAGAUGGACAUAUAUUCAACUGCUGUAAACGAUGGCGGAUAAACUGAUUCGGGCCUUCCUCUACGUUAUGCUCUAGUACAGCAACAAAAACUUCUCUAUGGUGUCUCUGCGGAUUCGUAUUAUCAUUUGGUGUAAACGUGGUGCGAACAAGUUCCAUGGUUAAUCGAAUUAAUUGCUUUGAUGGACGAUUAUAUUGUCCAGGAAAUAGACAUAGUGCGCGAUACGUAUUUCGAACAGAAUCAUGAUUUUCAAAAUAAAUUUGCACAAUUUGGAAGCAUUGUUCUGACGUCAGUCUAUUCAUGCUAAAAUGACAAAACAAACUAAAUAUAUAUCACUUGACAGCCGUCAAAAUGGCCGCCAGUUAAAAGUGUGCUGCCAACUUACAUUUCUAUCUUCUUCUAAUGAGGGUCGGCUAUGCUGUAACUCUUGCAAAUUCGUCUAUGCCUUCUGCUUUUCUUAUAGUACAAGGUGAUUCAGUGAAACGGUACGAUUUGACAACGUUGCUGACGAUAAAAUAGAGGAGCCGCGGACUUGCGACGUAAACGUUGUGAAUCUAGAGAGUGGGAAGUUUAGUUAUCAUAGAGGCGUGGUCUUGUGAACAACGCGCAUUUGCUGUGAAAGCUUAUUACAAAAAUGGUGAAAUUUUUGUGCAUGUACAACGAGCAUCUCGUUUACACUACCAUUUGCCGUCCCGUUCACAAGAAUUGGGUUAGGAAUUUUGAAAAAAGUGGUUCAAUAUCACAGAAAAGAGUGGCAGUGGCAGAACUGCUCGCACACCACAGAAUAUUGAAGCGGUGCCAAAUGCAUUACAUACGAGUCGUCGCAGGGAUCUUCGAGCACUCGCGUGUAAUGACUGCUUCAAUAUUGUGUGGUGUGCGAGCAGUUCUGACACUGCCAGCUCUUUUUUUUUCUGUUGAACCACUACUUUCAAAAUUCCUAACCCAAGUCUUGUGAACGGGACAUGCUCGUUGUACACGCACAAAAAUUUUACCAUUGUUGUAAUAAGCUUUCACAGCAAAUGCGCGUUGUUCACAAGACCACACCUCCAUGAUAACUAAACUUUACACUCUCUAGAUUCACAACGUUUACGUCGCAAGCUCGCGGCUCCUCUAUUUUAUCGUCAGCAGCGUUAUCGAAUCGUACCGAAUCAUCCUUUAUAAUAAAAAUAAUAAUAUUCUAUACCUCUAAGGCCCGGUCUUUUCACCUCCGGAUAACUAGUUAUCGGGAAGUUUCUCUGACAGAUUUACUUGUAAUCUAAUUACAAGUAGGUGGUGAAAAAAGAAAAGUUGAUCAAAAAAGCUACUCUCGGUAGGGCUGAGCUGCCCACAAUGUUAAAUUUAUAAAUCUUUUAUUUUCUUAGCAUUCGUACAUAACACAUGAAUGGAUAAGUAACUUAUAAUGCACAAACUGAAUGAAACAAAUUAAAUAAUAUAUUAAGUAACCUUAAAAUCAUAAACUUUUUAGCUGCAGUAGUUGUUAUAAUUUGUUAUAAGUAUAAAAUAUCCAGAUAUAGAGGAAAGCAUGUUUGUGUUUUUGAGCGUGUUAUACUGUGAUAUGGCGCAUGAUCAGGUGACUGUGAUUGGAUGCGUACUUACCCUCCAGCGGCUGCUAGUUUCCUUUUUCGAGUGCCUCGCUACGCUGAUGGGACGUCGGACGUGACAAGGACAGUGUAUACUCGCAACAGCGCAGUAUUUGCGUAUUUCUGUUCGUUCCGGUACAACGAUAAACAGCAACAGACAAACAACUAUAGGAUUCAUGGUAAAUGGGCUGGCUCAUACUCAAACUGUAUAAUAAACACUUUUUUAAAACAUAUUUUAUUAUUUAUAAAAUACGAUAGAAAGAAAUAUUGUUUAUAACAUGCGAUAAUUUAGAAAUGUAUUCAGACGGGAUGAAAUUAUAUUCCUUAUUCAAUAUUAACAUGCUGCCAAAUGCUUCUUUAAUCUGUCAAUUGUGUAUGCAGCGACCAUAAGCUUUUUUCCUCGUACGACUUCGCUCCAAAUGAGUUUUCAACUAGUUUCAAUACGUUUACCAAUUUAUCCUAUGUUUAUAUAAGAAUUUUGUCUCCGUACACGCUUCUAUAAUAUGUAUGAAUUAUAAUUGCAUUAUAUUUAAAAAAUAUAUUCUAUAUAAAUUUUAACCUCAGUCGUGCUGAAAAUUGUUAUAGUAAAGCCAAAUGACUUGUAUUUUUGUCUGGUGCUGUUACAUCAUUAAGCCGUUCGGUCCGGUUAGCCUAGUUAAGUAGAAAUUUAUAGAAAUUUUCUUCAUCAUAUCGAUUGACUAUAUGUUAUGCGGUAUUUAUUUUGUUUAGAAAGUCUAAGGUGCCUCAAGAUACAACAUACAGUUGAGUCCGUGAAUCUUUACCCGUGCGUCAUCACUUAAAGCAUACGAAAUAAGUCGAUGAUAAGUCGGAAAUUGAAAUGUACUAAACGUAACAGCAAGUCACUUACUGUCACUUGCUGUUGCGUUUAGUAAAUUUCAAUUUCCGACUUAUUUCGUAUGCUUUAAAUGAUGACGCACGGGUAAAGAUUCACGGACUUAACUGUAACUAAUGAAUCUCAAUAUUUUAAGCGAGUAGACAUAACGUAUAUUAUUUAGUGCAGUAAGGGUGAAGUGAACACGUUAUAAAUUGCCAUAAGUGGUAAAGUUGAUGUCUAAUGCACAACAUAUUUAUUAUUGUUCAUUCUUAUCGGUUUUUUACCAUAUUUCAGUCUAUUUAUACGUUCGCACAAAUUUUUAAAUUUAGUUUGUUACAUUCAUCUAAUAAUUAUAUAUUGUAUUUUAACGACAUCUACGAUUGCUUCCAGUCAUAUUGACCCAUUUUCCUUUUUUAUUAUAGAUGGUUGCGUUCAAUCUAAUUAAUGUUUAUCUGCGUGACUUUCUUUUCCAAGGCAAUAUAAAAGAGUUUUGCAUUGUGUUUUGUCAAUUCAACUAACUUAUCUCAAAGUCUACCAUUAUAGUGUAGCUCUUUUAACAAUGUCAUAGGCUGCUUUGAAGUAGACAAAGUGGAUGAUGUGUAUCAUCGAGUGACUUUUCUAAAAUUUAAAGUUUUUGGAUGGCAUUUUACAUUUACUCACUAGUCGGUGCUUCAAUAUACAGGGUGUCCAGAAACUCUACCGACAAACGAAGACAGGAGAUUCCUCAGAUAAUUUUAAGACAUUUUAACCCAAUUCACCUAGUCCGAAAAUGCUUCCUAAGGGAGCUAGGGCUCUUUGAAGAUGGUGCCAUGUAAUUAGUUUUUCUUAAAUACCUCUAGAACGCUUCUAUUUAGAAAAAUGAAAAUUUGUAUACAUAUUUACUUUCCAGAAAUGAAUCGAUUCCAUCUAUUGCAAAUUUCUAGUACCGGUCAUAGGCGUUCGUUUUGGGUAGGGCAACGGUUAUUUUAUCGCAUAACUUUUUUGUCUUCAACUUUUAAGCAUUUUUGAUACUGGAUUAUUAAAUUAUGAGGUAUUCUAGUACUAAAAGGUACUCUUAUUUUAAGUCGGUAGGACACACCGUUUUCUAGAAAAAUCGAUUUGAAAGUUUUUUUGGAAAUUUGAAAAAAAAAAUUGAAAAAAAUUAAAAAAAACGAUGUAUUUUACCAACUUAAAGCAAGAGUAACUUUUCGUACUCGAAUAUCUCAUAAAUGAAUAAUCUAGUGUCAAAAAUAUUUAAAAAUUAAAGACAAUAAAGUUAUGUUAAAAAAUAACUGUUGGCCUACCCAAAACGGACGCCUAUGACCGGUACUAGAAAUUCGCCAUUGAUGAAAUCGAUUAAUCUCUGGAAUAUAAAUAAAUGUACCAGUUUUCAUCUUUCUAAAUAGUUUUUUUUUAAACUUUUUUUUUAAAUUCAAAGAACGAAAAAUUUUCAAAUCGAUUUUUCUAGAAAACGGUGUAUCCUAUCGACUUAAAGUAAGAGUCCCUUUUAGUUCUAGAAUACCUCACAAUUUAAUAAUUCAGAGUCAAAAAUGCUUAAAAAUUAAAGACAAAAAAGUUAGGCGAUAAAAUAACCGUUGCCCUACCCAAAACGGACGCCUAUGACCGGUACUAGAAAUUCGCAAUGGAUGUAAUCGAUUCAUUUAUGGAAAGUAAAUAUGCAUACCAAUUUUCGUUUUUUCUAAAUAGAAGCGUUCUGGAGGUAUUUAAGAAAAACUAAUUACAUGACGCCAUCUUCAGAGAGCUCUAGCUCCCUUAGGAAGCAUUUUCGGACUAGGUGAAUUGGGUUAAAAUGUUUUAAAAUUAUCUGAGGAAUCUCCUGUCUUCGUUUGUCGGUAGAGUUUCUGGACACCCUGUAUAUACAGGGUGUAACAAAAAUACAGGUCAUAAAUGUAAUCACAUAUUCUGGGAACAAAAAUAGUUUGACUGAACUUAACUUACCUUAGUACAAAUGUGCAUAUAAAAAAAGUUACAACCCUUUGAAGUUACAAAAUGAAAAUCGAUUUUUUCCAUUAUAUCGAAAACUGUUAGAUAUUUUUUAUUGAAAAUGGACAUGUGGUAUUCUUAUGGCAGUAGCAUCUUAAGAAAAAAUUAUAGUAAAAUUUGGACACCCCAUAAAAAUUUUAUGGGAGUUUUGUUCCUUUAAACCCCUCCAAACUUUUGUGUACGUUCAAUUUAAAUUAUUAUUGUAGUACCAUUAGUUAAAGACAAUGUUUUUAAAACUUUUUUGGCUCUUAGUACUUUUUCGAAAAGUCAAUUUUUAUCAAGAUAUUUUGAAUAUUUGUCAGAUCCACCACAUAUUUGUAUUAUGGUUAAGUACGGUUAUGGAGAAUUUGUAAUAAUUUGAAAAUUUAUGUAUGAUUUACAUUUUUAGGUAUAUUUUGAACCAUAUUAAAAAAGAAGUCACAUCUCCAUAAAAGGUGCCUUCUCGAAAAAAUACAAAGAGGCAAAAAAGUUUUCAAAACACUGUGUUUAACUAAUGGCACCGCAGUAAUAUUUUAAUUGGAACGUACACAAACAUUUGGGGGGUUUAAAAGAACAAAACCCCCAUAAAAUUUUUAUGUAAACAUAUUAAAAAAUAAGCCUCAACUCAAUAAAAACUGCCUUAUCGAAAAAAUACUAAGAGGCAAAAAAGUUUUAAGAAUAUUGAAUUUAUCUAAUGGUACCACAAUAAUAAUUUAAUUGUGGCGUACACAAAAGUUUGGGGGAGUUUAAGUGAACAAAACCCCCAUAAAAUUUUUAUGGGGUGCACAAAUUUCACUUUAAUUUUUGUUUAAGAUGUUCCUGCCAUAAGAAUGCCACAUGUUCAUUUUCAAUAAAAAAUCUCUAAUAGUUUUCAAUAUAUUCGAAAAAAUCGAUUUUCAUUUUGUAACUUCAAGGGGCUAUAACUUUUUUAUGUGCAUAUUUGUACUAAGGUAAGUUAGGUUUAUUCCAACUAUUUUUGGUCCCAGAAUAUGUGAUUUAAUUUAUGACCUGUAUUUUUGUUACACCCUGUAUAUCUAAUUAAUUAUUCUUACUAUAUACUUCAGACUACCAAAUCUGGUAUAACAUCUGAAAAUUUCAAGUCAAUGUUCAUAGGUGUCUUCAGGGAACGAACUAUUUAAAUUUUUUGCAUUUUAAAGUAAGUUCUCUAGAUUCUGAUGCUGAUAGCAAAGCUUGGAUUGAAGUUGACUUUAUAAUAUAUCCUGUGAUAAUCCGGAUACUUUGGUAGCAUAUCUGAUCUCAUUUCUUCGAGAUAAUUUAGGGAAUGGAAUUUUUCUGUAUAAAUUUCGGUACCUUACUUGGUUCUGCCUGAUCUUACACUGCCUACAUCCAUGCUUUGUUCCAUCAUCUCUAUUAUCUUCUAUCAUCCACUCAUUCUUGGUAGUUUGUUUUAUUUUGGAGAAUAAAAGUGUUAACAAGUGUUAUAUAUUAUUAUAUAUUAAUAUGUUAUUAAAGUUUUGUUAAUAUUUAUUGGUUGUUGUUAAAUCGGUCAAAAAUUUGUACUGUCAAGAAACGCAUUGGUUAGAUUCCUUCAACUUCUUUUUCUGUUAGAUUAACUUAGUGAUCGUCAUAUGCUGUUUUUUAAAAUUAUCCAAUGAUGUUUUCUCUCCCUUGCUCUUAGGCUCUCUCUCUCGCGCGCUUUCUUUCUCUAGUUUUUAUUAUAAAUUUUAGACGUUUUAUAUAAUGUUAUUAAUGCCUAAUAAUUUAUUAAUAAAUAUUAACUCAAUGAAUAAUGAAUUGAUUGAAUAUUUUUUACUUUUGUAUAUUUUUAUACUUGUACAAAUAAUAAAUCUCGAUAUGUCCUUUGAAUAAUAAAUGUUUUUACAUUUGACAUGUUCGCAUGCAUAACAUAUCGUCAAUGAUUGAUUGGUAAUAGUGAUCUAUACCCGAACAUGAUUUUACGUGGAAUAGUCUUAAGUCCAGUGAUUUGUACGUUAAUAUUUUUAUUUUGUUUGAUAUAAAAUAAUGCAAUGUAUCUUAAUAUUUUUUUUGUAAAUAUGAUAUAAAUUGUGCAUAUAGAUUAAUAACGGAUUUAUAAAAGUGUUUAUACUUAGGUGUACGUACAUUCAUCGAUAAUACAGGAUUAGUCAACAAUAAAAUAAAGUAACUUCAUUUUACAGAUCAAAAUUUGUGGGAUGAAUUUUGAGAUUAGCAAACAAUUUUUUAAAAUAUUUGUGUUUAUACGAGCCCUAACAACUAUGUUGCAACAAGCAGUUAUUUUGCGAACAAAAUGCCAAUUUACCGAAAUUGUUUUAUUUCAAUUUUUUAAAUUGUAAAAUAAAAUUAACAAAAUUUUUUAUGAUUGUUGAAAUUGGUUUUAUGGUUUAAUUAUAUAUUUUAUGUUGACUACUAUUUAGAAAUCCACAAGGACAAAGUUUUCCUGUAGCUGUAUACUAUAUAUCACAAAAAAUUUAAGUAAAAUCUUUUUUUUUUCAAUCCUAAUAGCAACAUUAAUAAUAUUGAAGAAUAUUAAAAAUAUUACUAAAAGAUUUUUAAAUUGAAAACUUAUUGGUACAUUUCCCUGGUGACACCUCCAAGGCUUCUACAAUUUGCAAGCCAAAUGGAUGCUGCAGUGAAGACAAAAGGGAAGGAAAUCUACACUAUGCAAUUUAAAACCCCCGUCUGCAGCUUGGUAAAGUUCCAACGAAAAAUGCACCUAGUUACUCCACGGAGUAAUACUACUAUAAAAUAAAAAUGUAUACCAUUUUUAUUCAGUUGCAAUGCGAGGCCAAAAAUGUCUUAAUUUUUACCUAGAUGAGAGAGCGCAACCAGCAUUCUUAUCGACGAUUUCACCUCUUGUUAGAGGCUCUUCAGAGAAUGCAUAGGCUGCUUUCUCUAACCCAGUAAAUUUUUCGACAUAUAUUAGUCCCACACUGCAACUGACGUGAAUGGAAUAGGUGACUAGCGUCAUCUGGCAAUUGAAAGAUAAAGUUUUUCAAUCCUAAUAGCAACAUUAAUAAUAUUGAAGAAUAUUCAAAAUAUUACUAAAGGAUUUUUCAAUUGAAAACUUAUUGGUACAUUUCCCUGGUGACACCUCCAAGGCUUCUACAAUUUGCAAGCCAAAUGGAUGCUGCAGUGAAGAUAAAAGGGAAGGAAUUCUACACUAUGCAAUUUACAGCCCCCGUCUGCAGCUUGGUAAAGUUCCAACGGAAAAUGCACCUAGUUACUCCACGGAGUAAUACUAUUAUAAAAUAAAAAUGUAUACCAUUUUUAUUCAGUUGCAAUGCGAGGCCAAAAAUGUCUUAAUUUUUACUUAGAUUAGAGAGCGCAACUGAAUAAAAAUGGUAUACAUUUUUAUUUUAUAGUAGUAUUACUCCUAGUAAUACUAGUUACCUAGAGUAACUAGGUGCAUUUUUCGUUGGAACUUUACCAAGCUGCAGACGGGGGUUUUAAAUUGCAUAGUGUAGAUUUCCUUCCCUUUUGUCUUCACUGCAGCAUACAUUUGGCUUGCAAAUUGUAGAAGCCUUGGAGGUGUCACCAGGGAAAUGUACCAAUAAGUUUUCAAUUUAAAAAUCUUUUAGUAAUAUUUUUAAUAUUCUUCAAUAUUAUUAAUGUUGCUGUUAGGAUUGAAAAACUUUAUCUUUCAAUUGCCAGAUGACGCUAGUCACCUAAUCCAUUCACGUCAGUUGCAGUGUGGGACUAAUAUAUGUCGAAAAAUUUACUGGGUUAGAGAAAGCAGCCUAUGCAUUCUCUGAAGAGCCUCUAACAAGAGGUGAAAUCGUCGAUAAGAAUGCUGGUUGCGUUCUCUAAUCUAAGUAACAAUUAAGACAUUUUUGGCCUCGCAUUGCAACUGAAUAAAAAUGGUAUACAUUUUUAUUUUUUAAGUAAAAUACUUCAUAAAAGGUAUAUUUAUUAAAAUUCCCUAAAAAGGGCUACAUCACAAAAGCAGAACUAGUUUUCGAUCUGAUUACAGAUCAUCAUCAGUGCUGACAAGAUGCCUAACAUGCUAAGCCACCAAAAUUGAAAAAAUUUGUGUAAAAACCCUUUAAAAUUAUACAGUCAUGAAAACAUUGACUAGAAUUAUAAUAAUAUACAUGGAUGUAAUAAAUAUCACAUGAUUAGGCCCCGGGCACCAUUUGACCCUCACUUGAGUUGAAUUCGUUCUUCACAUUUUGAACGGUCGCGGUCGUUGGCAACUGACCGUUCAAAAUGUGAAGAACGACAAUUGACGCGUGACAAUUAUUAUUGACAACGGACUACCUACUCGUAUCUUUGAUUUCAACGCCUUCUUUGCGUCAGGCUGAUAAAACUUACGAAAGGCAGGCGAGGAAAAGCAAAAGAUGUUCCAAUAUUUAGUUGUCCAAACUUUUCGAUUAUCAAACAAUUAAAUAGUAAUCAAAAUAAAAUAUAUAAUUAAAGCGAAAAUAUAAUUCACUACAUCAUAAAAAAUGUUAUCAUAUUUACAAUUUAAAAAAAUAAAUAAAGUAAAAGAAUUACGGUAAAUUAACGUUUUAUUCUCAAAAUAACUGUUACGAAAUACAGUUGUUAGGGCUCAUAUAAGAAGAACAAGCAUCGAAAAUCCUGUUAUUUUAUUAGUGCACACCUACAUUGGAUCCGAUUUUCUCCGAUCAGAUCAGAUCAGAUCAGAUCCGAUCCGAUCCGACAGGCGGUGCCUACAUUGGAUCCGUCUUUCUCCAAUCAGAUCAGAUCCGAUCAGACCGGUUUUCCGGCGAGGGUGCCUACAUUGGUUCAGUAAUCUUCCGACCACCGACCACCGACAAUGAGUUCCGAUGAAGAUGUGUUAAGGAGAUGAUGAAUUUAAUAUAUUUAAACAUGUUAGCUUGCAACCCCCAACCUGCAACCAGUUUGAAACCAGUUUGAAACCAGUUUGAAACCAGUUUGAAACCAGUUUGAAACCAGUUUGCAACCAGUUUGCAACCAGUUUUCAACCUGUUUGCAACCAGUUUGCAACCAUUUUGCAACCAACUUGCAACCAAUUUGCAACUAAUUUGCAACCAACUUGCAACUAAAAUUGCAACUCAACUUGCAACCAAUCGGAAUGAAACCAAACACUUCUCGAUGAGAAUAGGAGAAGCUACUCCCGACGUCGGCCGAUAUCGGAUCUGAUCUGAUCUGAUCGGAUAGGAGAAAAACGGAUCCAAUGUAGGCACUCCCAUUUAAAGGGUCGUUUAAACACAGCGAUAAAUCAAACAACUUAUCAAGGUCAAUCGAGUUGUUGCAACUUAUCAUUGUGUGUAAACGGUGCAUCGCACAACUUAUCAAAGUUGGAGUUGGGUUGAAGGUGGUAUCGCAUUGAAUCGCAGCGUCUAAACAGUGUUUCAACUUGUCAUCACAACUAGUUGCUGUGACUUAUCGCUGUGUUUAAACGACGCUUAAUACUAUGGGUUUAUUUUUUAUUCCGACGUCGGCCGACGUCGGAUCUGAUCUGAUCUGAUCGGAUCGGAGAAAAACGGAUCCAAUGUAGGCACCCCCAUUUAAUACUAUGGGUUUAUUUUCUAUUCCGACGUCGGCCGACGUCGGAUCUGAUCUGAUCGGAGAAAAUCGGAUCCAAUGUAGGUGCGGCCUUAGAAGAAUAGUUGUUGAAUAAAUUUUAAUAUUAUUCGUUUUAUUCGAAAAGCUUUUAUAAUGAACGAAUACUCAAAAGCGAAUGGAACAUGAGUGUAGAAUAUACGUAGAUGAUAAAAGUGGUAGUUUUAAAAAUGGCUCAAUAGUUUAAGUGCCAUUUAGAAAAAUUAAUCAGUCCGGAUCUGCUUUGAGGUGGAUGUGAGAGGUAGCAUUAUGAUUUUUGCGGAAAAAGUUAUGUGAUAACUUCAAUAUUAUUGAUCGACUUUCCCUUCCUCUCAAAUAGCUCGGGAAUAUUAAUAAAAAAAUUAAAAUAUUUAAAAAUUAAAAUCCACUUUCCUUGCUUGUAAUUUUAAAACAAUAAUUGAAUUUUCUAUUAAAUACAACUGGCCAAAAAUGAUUAAAUUUACUACCCUUGAUACAUUUUUUAAAUAAUUUAGAUUGCACAAUUAUUAUGAGAAAUCUAUAAUAGAUUAAAUUCAAUAAUUUAAGGUAGUAGUACAAUUUAGAAGACCAAAAAUAAACAUUUUUUCAAGAUUUUUUUCUCAGGACCUUUAUUAAAAAUGAACAUAAAACUUUUUACUUAUUAAUAUCUAACUCUUAGAAAAUACAAAAAAUAUAUAUUUUUCCAUAUAUGUACGUACACUAAUAUUGUAGAAGGCGCAAAAGUCGAGGCUUCGAAAAAAAGUAGUUCCGAUGGCGGACAGUUAAUCUCAGGAUUGGGAUCUCUGAAACAAAAAAAUCGUACGGCAUUUGAAAGAUGGAAGGUUUCCUACGUGACAAUUUACCACCGUUAGUGAAAAAUUCCGCAAAAAAUAAGAUUUUACGGAAAUUUGAAAAAAUUUUUUGAAAAAAUCGCCCGUUUUUCUUCAGUUUUUCAUGGUUAAAAAAAUUUAUUUUUUGGUCAAAUUGUGGUAAAUUGUCACGUAAGAAACAUUUCUUUUUCAAAUGCAGUACGAUUUUUUGUUUCAGAUAUUAACUGUCCGCCAUUAUUUUUCGAGGCCUCGACUUUUGUGCCCCCUACAAUAUUAGUGUACGUGUAUAAAUGAAAAAAGAUGUAUUUUUUAUACUCUCUAAGAGUUAGAUAUUAAUAUGUAAAAAGUUUUAUGUUCAUUUUUAAUAAAGGUUCUGAUAAAAAAAUUCUUGAAAAAAUUAUUAUUUUUGGUCUUCUAAAGUGUACUAGUACCUUAAAUUGAUUUGAAUGAAGUUUAUUUAACUGUUUUACUAUAUUAUAAUGAUUAUCUAGACGAAUUAUGAAGGUCAUACAAAAGUGAUUAAAAAACAUUGAAUAAGAAAAGGCUUGUUUCCUCCAUUUUAUUUGUAUUUAUUGCUAUUUUGCAUCAAGGAUAAUAAAUUUAAUCAUUUUUAGACAGUUGUAUUUUAUAGAAAAAUCAAUUAUAUCGCUAUUGUAUUUUGUGACUUUGCUUCAAAACGAAUCGUUUUAAAGCUAUAAGCAAAGAAAAUAAAAAAAAAUGUGUUUUUAAUCAUUUUAAAAUAUUAAAAUUUUGUAUUAAUAUUCCCGAUCUAUUUGAGAAGGGGAAAGUCAAUUAUUAUUAUUGAAGUUAUCACGCAACUGUUUGUGCAAAACUCAGAAUCUCUCUCACAUUCAAAUGUAGUUUUUUUCACAUAUCCGCCCUGGUGUAAUUUGAAAUUACUGACAGUUGAUUUAUUAUUGGGCCGGGUUAUAUAUUUUCAACUGAAAUGUCAUUGAGGUUAUUUAUUUUUAAACGUCGAAAGUCAAACAUGAAAGUUCUUCAAAAAUAACGGCAUGACACUAUCAAGCAUAGAGUUCGUUUAUAAAUUUUUUCCUGUCAACAUGAAGUUACUUCAUUGUAUUGUUAACUCUCCCCAUACAUUUAUUAGAUUGUGUUAGGUAUAAUUUUUUAUUGUAAACAAUUUUUACAAAAUCUUAUACAUGUAGUACAGCUUAUUUAUAAUGUGGCUACCCAAAAAUGAUAUAUGAUAUCCAUACUAUUUUUAUUGCAAUCAGUCUAAUUAAAUUUGAGAUAUUUUAAAUAGCAGACACAUUCUAAAUGAGCUUUAAUAAAUUUUUAUAAUUAAAAUAUGGAUGUCUCAAUUUUCAAAUUUAAUGAUACAAAAUGUUAGUGAAAAUACAGUUAUUUAUAUGCAUUUUUAUUUGUUUUCUUCAAAAUCUGUUUUAACUGACUCUAUUGUAAUAUAUUCCUUUCAAGCAGCUUGAGACUUUCUUAUACUUUUGGUAAUGUGAUCGUGAAUUAAAGCUUUUUAUAUAAAAGUGUAUUGUUUAGUGAUAUUUUUUUACUCUAUUAAACAUGUAUUCCAUA